CGGCUAACGGCAGGGUUCAAAACGUGUUCGUCGAGUUUCUACCUAUUCUUGGUUGGCAACGUUGUGUUACCCGUGAUGCUUUACGUACUGACACAAAGGCUCGCUAACUGUAUACGGAUGGCUCUGUCUAGAGGUCAUUGUUUUUAAUUUAAGGCUUUUAUUUGCGUUUUUUUCCCACCGGGCGAACGCAGCCCGCAACUCUGCUGACCAGGCCUGCUCGCGAAACAACUUCAGUCGCUCCUGGAUGGAGUGGCAGCCAGAUGAGCAGGGACUUCAGCAGGUCCUCCAACUGCUCAAGGAUUCACAAUCACCCAACACAGUCACACAAAGAGCUGUCCAACAAAAACUCGAACAACUAAACCAGUUUCCUGAUUUCAACAAUUAUCUCAUCUUCGUCCUCACACGGCUCAGAACUGAAGAUGAGCCAACUCGAUCUCUAAGCGGUCUGAUUUUGAAGAAUAAUGUCAAAGCCCACUACCAAAACUUUCCCCAAGGAGUUGCUGACUUCGUCAAGCAGGAAUGUCUCAACAACAUCGGCGACCCCUCGCCACUCAUCCGUGCAACAAUUGGCAUCCUUAUUACUACUAUUGCCUCUAAGGGAGAGCUUCAGACAUGGCCUGAGUUGCUGCCCCAACUAUGCAACUUGCUCAACUCUGAGGACUACAACACGUGCGAGGGCUCGUUUGGAGCACUGCAGAAGAUCUGCGAAGACUCGUCUGAGCUGCUGGACAGUGACGCUCUGAACAGACCCCUCAACAUAAUGAUACCUAAAUUCCUUCAGUUCUUCAAGCACUGCAGCCCCAAGAUUAGAUCCCAUGCUAUAGCUUGUGUGAAUCAGUUCAUCAUCGGCAGAGCCCAGGCUCUGAUGGAUAACAUCGACACGUUCAUUGAGAGCCUGUUUGCACUGGCAGCGGAUGAGGACUCUGAGGUCCGAAAAAAUGUAUGCCGAGCCCUGGUCAUGCUACUGGAGGUCCGCAUUGACCGCCUCAUCCCCCACAUGCACAGCAUCAUCCAGUACAUGCUGCAGCGCACCCAGGACCCUGAUGAAAAUGUGGCUUUGGAGGCCUGUGAGUUCUGGCUGACUCUAGCAGAGCAACCGAUCUGUAAAGAGAUGCUGUCUGGCCACUUAGUGCAAUUGAUUCCUAUCUUGGUAAAUGGGAUGAAGUACUCGGAGAUAGACAUCAUUCUGUUAAAGGGUGACGUGGAGGAGGACGAGGCAGUACCGGAUAGCGAUCAAGACAUAAAACCUCGUUUCCACAAGUCGAGGACUGUCACCUUGCAGCACGAGGGAGGAGAGGACGAAGAGGAUGAGGACAUUGAAGAUGAUGACGACGAUGAUGACGACACAUUGUCUGACUGGAACCUACGAAAGUGUUCAGCUGCAGCCUUGGACGUGCUGGCAAAUGUGUUCCGUGACGAGCUGUUGCCCCACCUCUUACCGCUCCUCAAAGGCCUGCUUUUCCACCCAGACUGGGUCAUUAAGGAGUCUGGCAUUUUGGUGUUGGGAGCCAUAGCUGAGGGCUGCAUGCAAGGUAUGAUCCCCUACCUACCAGAGCUGAUCCCUCACCUCAUCCAGUGUCUCUGCGACAAGAAGGCCUUGGUGCGCUCCAUAGCCUGCUGGACCCUUAGUCGCUAUGCACAUUGGGUGGUUUCCCAGCCCCCUGACUCCUACCUCAAGCCACUAAUGACGGAGCUUCUGAAACGAAUCCUAGAUGGCAACAAGAGAGUGCAGGAGGCAGCCUGCAGUGCUUUUGCCACACUGGAGGAGGAGGCAUGCACAGAGCUUGUGCCCUACCUGAGCUUUAUUCUGGACACACUGGUCUUUGCCUUUGGGAAGUACCAGCACAAGAAUCUUCUUAUUCUUUAUGAUGCCAUAGGAACUCUAGCAGACUCUGUGGGGCACCACCUCAAUCAGCCGGAGUACAUUCAGAAGUUGAUGCCUCCUCUUAUUGCCAAAUGGAAUGAGCUGAAGGAUGAAGAUAAGGAUCUUUUCCCCCUACUUGAGUGUCUGUCAUCAGUAGCCACGGCCCUGCAGAGUGGGUUUCUGCCUUAUUGUGAGCCUGUGUAUCAGCGCUGCGUCACUCUAGUUCAGAAGACGCUAGCUCAGGCCAUGAUGUACAACCAGCAUCCAGACCAGUAUGAGGCUCCUGACAAGGAUUUCAUGAUUGUAGCCCUGGAUCUGCUGAGCGGCUUAGCUGAGGGCUUGGGGGCCCAUGUGGAACAGCUCGUGGCACGCUCCAACAUCAUGACGCUGCUGUUUCAGUGCAUGCAGGACACUAUGCCUGAAGUGAGACAGAGCUCCUUUGCAUUACUGGGUGAUUUAACCAAGGCAUGUUUCCUCCAUGUGAAGCCCUGCAUUGCUGAGUUCAUGCCCAUCCUGGGGCUCAACCUGAACCCAGAGUUUAUUUCUGUGUGUAACAAUGCUACAUGGGCCAUCGGAGAAAUCUCUAUGCAAAUGGGAACACAUAUCAAGCAGCAAUCAGGGAAUUGUCCAGGUGCAGAGAUGCAGCCUUAUGUAGGCAUGGUCCUUCCAAACCUGGUGGAGAUCAUCAACAGACCCAACACACCCAAAACUCUGCUGGAAAAUACAGCCAUUACGAUCGGCAGACUGGGUUAUGUCUGUCCCCAGGAAGUGGCGCCACAGCUGCAGCAUUUCAUUAGACCAUGGUGCACAUCAUUGAGGAAUAUCCGAGAUAACGAGGAGAAGGAUUCAGCUUUCCGAGGAAUCUGUGUAAUGAUAGGAGUGAACCCUGCAGGAGUGGUGCAGGACUUUAUUUUCUUUUGUGACGCAGUGGCAUCCUGGGUCAACCCUAAAGAUGAUCUGAGAGACAUGUUUUAUAAGAUCCUGCAUGGCUUUAAGGACCAGGUCGGUGAAGAGAACUGGCAGCAGUUCUCUGAGCAGUUCCCUCCCCUGUUGAAGGAGCGCCUGUCAGCCUGCUACGGUGUCUAACCCAAUCUCCCGCUGGUCCACACAGGACACCGACCUGUUAGGUUAAUGUAGGGGAGGGUUACUGGGGAACUCAUUGCACUGCCCAGAUCACGGGGGAGGAAACAAGAGCUGGAGGGAGGACUUGACCCUCAGCGGAUGGGCUCCUUACCCCCUGCGCCCUGUGUGUCUCUGAGGGAGGGUGGGAGGAGGGUGGUGGGUGUGGGAAGGUAAACUGGGGAUUUGCAUAUACCUCUCAGAUUAAACGCCUCAAAUCCUAAAUCCAACACACUCUAAAAUGACUUUCGCCAACAGCUCCGUAGGGAUCCUGGGUAGGCGAGCGCAAAAGAGGUUGGCUUUAACCGCCCCCUCCUCAAUUUGAUUAUUCUGUUAAAACGGCUGGGAGGGGAGGGGGGUGGCAGAUAGGUACAUAAGGAAUUAUCUGAACCAGCAUAGGGCGCACAGUCCCAAAUACCACAAUGCACGUAGUCAGUGGUCAGACUAACAGAUGUAUUUAAACAGACUCGUGCCAGAAGCUAAACGUAACAUGCUUUUAUGUAAUGAUGCAGGAAUUAUAUGCACGUUUUUGCACCUUUACAGCGAAACUGCAUAAACCAUUUAGUGUGCAUACACAUGGGUCUUAUCCUCUUUUCACACACUGCUUAAUUUAAUUUCUUUUCCUCUUGUUGCUCAAUUUCACCUAAAUUGUAGGUUUAUCUUUUCUAGCUCCCUCAUCUGAGGCACAGUAAGAUGCAGUAGUUCUGUUUAAGGUUUUACCACUGCAGUACCAAAUUAGUGCAUGGCAUAUGAUACACCUCCUUAAGUGAUGCAUGUUUGAGUGAAUGUCUGUCUCUCGGUCACUUGAUUUAUUGCAUUAAUUGUCCUUAAUAUCAGGAGGCUGCCAUAAUUUUGAAGCUGUCGCGUGCUUGGUUCUUCUGUCCUCCCAUCUAAUCAAUGCCCACAAACUACAGUGGAGGCUGUAUGUGAACCAGUUGUAUGCAGAUGAUACAGAAAUCAGCUUAUGUCUGAUUUGUUGCAGAGUUUCAAAGCAAAGUUUAAUACUGUAGGCAAAACUGAGAAUUAUAUUUGCUGCUGUUUCGUCUUUAGAGUAUCUAAAAACAGACUUGACAAGAGACGAGAAUAAAUUGGUUCAUACUAAUUUAAAUGCACUUUCUUUUGUAAGAAAUUCAUUUACACACGUAAUAUACUGAUCUUGAUAGUUUUCUUUUUUGAUAAGUGAUUUUAGGAUUAUAAAUGGCUUGCUAAUGUAAGCAUAAUGAUAAGGUUAAGCAAUGGUUUAAUGACUAGGUAAGACUUGAGGCCUCUCAACAUAGGUUUUCACUGUAGCUUCUUCAAUAGACUGAAUAGGAUUUGAGAGGGGGGAGACAUCUUAAAUAACGGAUCCCUGUCCCAGUACACCUGUCAAUUCAUAUGUUUGAGGAUGUCGAUCUGAUUAUUUUGGUAAUCGAUGAUGGUGAUCGUUUGAGCCAUUAAGGCUUCUCCUUGUCAUAAACAUUGCAUGCUUUUCAGAGUCUUGCUCUUUUUUGUUUAUCAUUUUAUAAAGUGGACCCCUUUGGAGGGAUCUACCUUUUAAGAGCUUUGUCAAUGGCGACAACUCAUUGCUGGACUAACGGUACUACUCCAGCUUAUGAUCAAACUAGUGAAUGUUGUUGCCAUAGAUUCACCCGUCAAUACUGUGUAGGAUAUGCCUGGGAAAAAACUUACUCAGAGUCCUAAUAGUUUCCUUUGACACUGGUUAGCUUACGUGAGCUUGGUGGUCUUGAUCCAGCUUUAUCUUCUUGACAUUAUCCAUAGUGGACAGUUGUGAUGGAUGUAUGUGUAUGGCUGUUGGUGUUUUAUCUUGAAGAUGUCUGUGAGUUCUGCUUAGAUGUAAUUUUGCACCAGUCCUACUCUACAAUUCUGUCUAUGGUUUAAUUUGAUCAUCAGUUUUGGAUGACCAGCUUUCCUAAGCCCCUGAAGUGAAGAUUAUACCUAAAGUGGAAAAUCUCCUGCCUGGUUUCAAACCGAAAUGACUUGACUCACCGCUAUGGUUUGCAUGACACAGUAAGCAAUAAUGUGAUUACUAAAUGUGAUGGAUUUUUGAGCACAAGCGAUGGCAUCUUCUGCAUGAGUGCGAUACGGGCUGGCCACGAAUUAGACAACAGGCAGGACAGAAAUGCUUGGUGCAACAUCAAGAGGAGGUUUCAGACCAAGGGCUGUGGCUCCUGCAACAAAGAUUUGGUACAAUUGAGGCAUUACACUCCUCGCAAUGUUGUGACACACUAAGCUUUACAUACAUUUAGAUGCAAGUUGUCCAAGAUUUUUGUUUUUUUUUCUUUCCCAGUUUUUUGCUCAUAUGCUCAGUUUUUAUUUAUUUUAGUUUUUUGUUUUUGUGCUACAACGCACAAAGAGUUUUGGACUUUAAAAGUUUUUUUCUUUUUGUUUUUAUUCUUUUUAUUUAAAGAAUAAUUUGUUUUCGUUGUUUUAUAGCGGACCAUUUAAUGUUGCAGGAAGGAGAGUCGGGGCUUGGUGCACACCUGAGGGAGAAAUGUGGAAAAACAAUUCAUGACUUUGUUUCAAUCUGAUAUCAAGGCUGGCAAAUGAAUUUGAUGUACCUUUUUUGCUGAACUGUGGUGCAGGUGGGGUGUUUUCUGAAUUAUCCCUUUUUAUUUAAUUUUGUGAAUAGGGAAAAUAAAGUUUUUUUUCUAGAGAACUUUGAACUUUGUCUGCUUUUGUAUUGUUUAAUGUAAAAGAAAAUAGUAAAUAUGAACUAAAUAAAAACUGUUAAGAUUGUU